UAAGCUGGAAACUUUCUUCUCUUCUGCUCCGUGACGACCAAAGAUGCUUUGUCUCAAAUCUGAAGCCACUCUCCAUGACGAUCAGACGUUAGCUUCCUCUUCUUCUUCUUCUCCCAGCAUCGAUCGUAGCUCCGCAAAUGCCACUUUUCGUAUUCCCAUCACCUGGGGAAGCUCGAUCCGGAGGUAUUUGAAGAAGACUGGUACUUUCUCAAGAAGAUCUUACUCCUCUGGAGAUGGCUCUCUUUAUUUCCCUGAUCUAGAUAAUGAAAGCAAGAUUCUGGAUCAAACUAGUAGUAGAUUUGAAGGAAAAAGUAGAGUUUGGUACAAGUGUGAGCUUGAACAAGAUAUUAAGAAGCUGCAGCAGCAGUUACAAGAGGAGAUCAACUUACGUUUAGCUCUAACAAGUGCAGUUGAGCACUCUAGUUCCCCCUUCAUGGAAUCACCUUGUCAACUUCCUGAUAAGGCACAAGAGCUUUUGGACAGCUUAGCAGUACUGGAAAUCACAGUGUCAAAGCUUGAACAAGAAUCAGUUUCCUUGAGAUAUUUACUAAGGCAAGAGAAGAACGAGCGGCGUCUCACUGAGAUUCUACAAAAGAAGAAGUCUCAUUAUUCACAACCUUCAAAGUUCACUACUGCACAAAGUUUCCCUAACAAGUUGGUGACAAGGAAAAGAGAGAGUAAACAAGUGGUUUCUGUGGAUGAUGAAGCUUUACAAAUAGACUGAAGAAGCUAAAGCUGAAGAUGAUGUGAUCUUAGCCAUAGCCGAAUUGCUUGAUCUAUAUAGUCCUUGAGCCAAAUCUUUCGAAAAAGUCAAAGAGUCUUGUUAAGUUUCUUCAUCACCCGGGUUUUAGAAUUGCCUUCCGGGCUCAACAUAACUGGUCCCCUGAGCAUCGCUCCAUCGAAAUCUUUGAAAAAAUACACAGCCCUUCUACUGCAGCUCUGUUCUAUAUUUGCUUAGAAAAUCUGGCCAUGUCCGUAGAGUAAGGUUAUGCCCUGCAGGAGCAGCAAUGAGAAGCUCAUAUAUUAAAACAUAGAAUGCAUUGUUGUUAUCACUUGGCAAAUCAAUUGAUCAUUUAUUCUAUUGUUUUUGGGGCCUUCUACUUCUCUAGUCUUCUUGCUGUUAUUUUGACUUGGACAAUCGACUGAUGAGA